GCAUAUGGUGAAGAACAGUCCAACCACUUCUCUGUCCUCGAACCAUUGCCUGGAAUCAAUGCAUGAAUAUGCACCUCCGUCACAAAGCCUAUGGAGUAUGAGAACAACGGGAAAAAACAAACAUAUUCAGAGGGCUCAUCUUAUGCUUUUUUAAAUAAACCAAGGGGGAACAUUUUUAUUUCAUUUGUUCUGGAGUAUGCCUAACUUAAUAGUAUAACUAAUCUGUAUAUGUGCUGUUAUUUUUGUUCUACCAUUAAGUGAUAACUGUUUUGGUUCUCCAAAGCGAACGCGCUCUAGUAAGCGAAAGAAAAGGACUGUUCAUCACUAGGACGCGAGUUGGUGCAGAAGUUCGACCGCAAACGGAUGUGAGGGAAGAGUGCACAGAGUGCACAGAAAACUCAACCCCUUUUUAUUUCUUUACUUCUUUCUUAUUUUGUUUGGCUAAGCAAUAGAGUGAGUCAAAGACACAAACAGAUUUCAUGCCGUCAGUCUCGCAGAACCUGAUAUGGACGUGAGAUUUUAUCCUGCGCACCCGUCAAGUGUGGGUUCUGAUCCAAGUUGUCUAAACUCGUUGGACUUUUACCACGCGAACAAGUUUGAUGGUGACAACAUGUACAUGAAUGACAAUAACCAGGAGUUUCGGUCACCAAGCCAGAACUACUCCAGUCAAGGCCGAGGAAACAACAGCGGAGGAGGAGGGGAUGAAGACUACGAGAUCCCCCCCAUCACACCCCCCAACCACGCUGACCCCUCUCUGCUUCACCUCAUGGACCCCGAGUCGGGCUACACCUUCCACUCACUGCCCCACAAUGGCCUGCUCAACCCCUAUUCCUACCCAGAGCUGCCUGCUGCCCUCAUGAUGUCCAAUAUGCUGGGCCAGGAUAGCCAUCUUCUCUCAGGGCAUAAUAUGCACUCGAUAGGGGAGAAGCGGCCCUCCUCGGAGAUGAUGAAGCCCAAGCCCAAACCGCAGAAGAAGAAGAAGAAAAAGGACCCCAACGAGCCGUCGAAGCCCGUGUCGGCCUAUGCCCUCUUCUUCAGGGACACCCAGGCGGCCAUCAAGGGCUCAAACCCCAACGCCACGUUCGGGGAUGUGUCCAAGCUAGUGGCCUCCAUGUGGGACAGCCUGGGGGAGGAGGCAAAACAGGCGUACAAGAGGAAAACCGAAGCAGCCAAGAAAGAGUACCUGAAAGCCCUCGCCACGUACAGAGCCAGUCUCGUUUCCAAGCCCUACAAUGACCCUGUCGAACCAAAAAGCUCCCAAAGCAGCCAGCCCUCACACAUGCUGCCCCCCAAGCAGCCCCUGUACAGUGUGCCCCCGCAGGCCUCCUCCCCCUACAGUCUGGGCCCCGGCUCCUUCCCCUUGUCGGACCUGCAGAGCUUCGCCGGUCCGCCCCACCACGCCCUGGCCCGGACCCUCAGCCAAUCCCAGAUGCUGCCGCCCAGCAUGAGUGCCUCACCCCCCUCCCCCUUCCAGAUCAGCCCACCCCUCCACCCCUCCCAGCUCGCCCUGCACCAGAGUUCCCUGCGCAUGCAGCAGGUUCAGUCGCACUCAAUGGGGCUCCAGGGGUCUCUGCACUCACCUCCUCUCAGCCAACAGGGUUUCUCUCACAUUCAGGAUUACCAGAACAGUGUGGGGGGGUCCCAGUCCCCGGGGGCGCCCAACCCAGGGCAUGGACAGAACCCAGACUGGGACGGCGAGUACUGCAACCGGGACUGUGGGCCCAACCAUUGCAGCAGUGGCAUGGGAGCUCGGGACAAGCCUCUCUACCUCACUUGAAGCUGACGGACCUCCAAAAGUCAAGACUCCAGGGAGUUUACAAAUGUUCAUUAACAACAACGUCAAUGUAUCUUUCUCCUCCUUGUUUUUUUCUGAAGGAUUUUUAAAAUCCCAAAGACUGCUACUACUUCACAUAUUUGCCAAGCACUUAGACUGGACAGGAGCCUUGCUUCUUUUUUCCAUGAAUGUUCCAUUUUGUGGGGGGUUAAGCUUCAAGCUCACGUCAACAUACUGUACACGAAGACUAAAAACGUCUUCUGCCUUUGUUUUGACAUUUUCAAAGUGUUUAAUUUUUCUCCUGUUUUGCUUUUCCUUUCGUCUUACUCAGUUUUGCCAUGUACUGCCCAACAAUACUGUAAGCAUAUUCAUUGUAGGGGUCUAGGUUCAGAUUCAGGACCCUAGAACCUAGUCACCUCACUAAGGGAGGAUACAACUAUUUCAGCAAAGACAGACACCCCGUAAAAUAAAGCAAAAACACAAAGUGAAAUUAGAAAAAGACAACAUCCUUACGUCAUCCCAGCUCCAAAUAAGAGCUUCCCCCUUUUUUUUCAAAGUGAUUGUAAAUAUCUACCAAGAUGGAACCUGCCCCCCAAAGCCUAGAUGUGUGUAUCUAACCACAAUCCCUUGCUUUUUUAUUUUAUUUAUUUUUUUACAUUAUUUUGUUUGGUUAUGUGAUUUUUGUGCGUGCUGGAUUCAGUGAGGGAAUACACACACUAAAUCUUGUGUUAAAGCUCUGUUCACUGGUCUUGCUUCUUUCUAGCCUGUCCUCAGGAUGCGACUGGACCGAAGAGGUCAAUGGUGAAACCUCUUCCUUAGUUUAAACCUCUCCUGGUCCAGCGGACGACCCCCCCCACUCCCCAGCACCACUUGUAUAGGUGAAAUAAAUACAAUGUUGCUAAAUGUGAAAUAUUACUAAAGAUAAAAGCAUAACAGUGGGUUUUAAAGUUUUUGACUAGUUUUAUUAGGUGUUUUAGAAAUUGUGCUGAAUUCAUCUUUACACUUUUUUGUGAAAAAAUGUCAUUCUUAAAAAAAAUGUUUUUCACUUGUAGCACAAUUUAAGUUUAUAAGGAAUGGUCACUGGUAGAUAUUUCAUUUGUGUACAAACCUGCGAAAUGUACUUUUAAUUGUAAAGCCAGCAAUGAAAGAACCCAUUUAGUUUUGUUGAAUAACAUGUUUAUGGACGCAAUAUGGUCAUUCUAUUUAAUUCGAUUGACUGGUUUCACAUAUUUAUGAAUGAUAUGAAGUAACGUUUUGGCUUGUUUUCAUCAGGGUGCAUUAUUAUUAUUAUUAUUAUUAUAAUUAAAUUCCAUGGUAAUUUGAAUAAUUAUUAUUUGUACAUCACCUUCUUGCUGGUGCAUUGGCUUUUUGCCAGCAUUUGGUUCAUUUUGUGUGGCGAUGCUUUUUUUUGUUUUCUUUUGUCAGUAAUAAAAUGUAAGUGGAA